AGAGUAGAGCGUAGGGCGGAGUAAGUGAGCGAUGGCUGAGUAGUGUUGGAGCGGUGUAUUAGAGCAGUUCGAGCCUACAGUCGCCACACGCUAUGCGAUACACAUUGUGGUGAAGGCAGACAUAGAGAGUGCUGUACUGUCUGUACUGUUGAGACAAAUACGACAUUAUAUGCGAGUAUUUGUUGAGUGAAAGCAAAACCAUUUGUCAGUCAAUUGAUUGCCAUUUAUUUCGUUUAAACCAUAUUUCAGUUCACAAUCGUUGCCAUCGAUUGUCACUUAAAAGUACCGCUCAUUUCAUCCCUGAAGACAAUAUGAGUGACGAACGGCUCGAGAGGGAGAGGAAUAAGAAGAUGAGAGUCAGUGCCGACACUUCGGGCCCGUCCUCUGCGGCCAACUCUUCGCCGCAGACGAGCGCCGGUACGAGCGGUUCCAACAACGGAUCCAACACUACCCCCAACUCCACCCCCAAUAGGCAUGUCGUCAGACACACCAACAACAGCAACAACAACAACAACACCACUCCUAAUGCCAUCACUAAUACCACUGAUAGACAAAACGGUGACACAAGAGAUGCCAAUAAAGACAUUAAAAUGAAUCCCAAAAUGUCUAAAGCUUUGAGUACAAGCGCUAAGAGGAUUCAGAAAGAGUUGGCGGAAAUCACUUUAGACCCGCCGCCCAAUUGCAGCGCCGGACCCAAAGGUGAUAAUCUAUACGAAUGGGUUUCUACUAUAUUGGGUCCUCCGGGGUCUGUCUAUGAGGGCGGCGUCUUCUUCCUCGACAUUCACUUCUCACCCGAAUAUCCCUUUAAACCGCCGAAGGUGACAUUUCGGACCCGUAUAUACCACUGCAAUAUCAACAGUCAGGGCGUCAUAUGUCUGGACAUACUUAAGGACAAUUGGAGUCCAGCGCUCACUAUAUCUAAAGUAUUGCUCUCUAUUUGUUCGCUACUGACUGACUGUAAUCCAGCGGAUCCAUUAGUUGGAAGUAUUGCCACACAAUUCCUUCAGCACCGGGAAGAACACGACCGCAUCGCGCGCUUAUGGACCAAACGUUACGCCACAUAAUAAUACAAUUUAUAUUAGUCUUGAUUUAUAAAUAUAUUGAUUAUUGGAUUUCAUUUUAUUUUGAUUUGAUUUGACAUUUCAUUGUGAAGUCUUGUAAUAACCGCAACGAAUGAAAUGAUUUAUAGCGAAUAAUCCACUCAUCGAUUGGUUAUGUUUUUAUAAUUAAUUUAUAAAACAAAUUGUUGUCAAUCAGCGAAACAGUUGAGUGAUUGUAAUAGUCAUACAAAUCAUGUCAUUCACUAUAAAUUAAUAAAUUUACACAAAUUCUUGUAUAUCUUUCUCUGUAUUACUCUCUCUCUAAAACUCGACUAUAAU